CUGAGAACACGGCGGUGCUCAGCCCAAGCAGGGCACUCCGCCACUGUAUGCUCCACCGUGUCCUCCAGGUGAUCCUCACAAUGACGACACUCGGGCGUUUCCUCCCGCUGGAUCCGAAACAGGAACCUACCAAAGCUGCCGUGCCCGGUAAGCACCUGCGUCAGGCGGAAGGUGAGGACGCCGUGGCGUCUCUCAAGCCACUCCUCAAAGAGGGGUCUUAUCGCUGCUAUAGUAGCGUGCCCGGCCCUCGGUUGCGACAGUCGCUGCUUCCACUCAGCCAUGAGAUCUCGCCGGAGCUCAUUCCGCCACGCACUAAUUUGGCGCGGCAGAGGAUCCUCGCCCCGGCGACGCGCGUCUGCGCGCAAACUGUAGACGCGCGCGAGCGCCUUCGCUUCCAGAUCCCAUGGCGGUGAUCCGGCAAGGAGGUUCGCCGCCUCCCCGGAGAUCGUGCGAUAUCCGCGGAUUAUUCGGAUAGCCAUGACCCUCUGGGACGCGACCAGCGUACGAGCCGGCCGCCGCUUCAAAUCCGGCGCCCACACAGGGGCACCGUAGAGGGCCAUGGAUCGCACAAUCCCCAUGUACAACCUCCGGCAGGAGACGUUUGGCCCCCCGAGGUUGGGAAGGAGCCGCUUGAGCGCGGCCCCAGACCGUUCCAACUUAGGAGCCAAACGACGAAAAUGCUCCGUGAAGUUCCAUCGGCUGUCGAGGACGAGACCCAGGUACUUCAUCGCCGACUCGACGCCGAUGGUAACUCCUCCUGCCAUUAUUUGGGACCCAUCUGGAGGUGGCGCGUUCCGACGGCCAUAAAAACACAUGGCCUCGGAUUUGUG